AUGCCACGCCCAAAUUACACAGAUGUGACUGAAUUCAUCCUUUUGGGCCUAACUAGUCACCAGGACCUCCAGGUCUUCUUUUUUGUGGUUUUCUUAAUUGUGUAUAUUAUCACUCUGGUGGGCAAUCUUGGCAUGAUCAUGCUAAUCAGUGUCAGUCCCCAGCUCCAGAGUCCCAUGUAUUUCUUUCUCAGCCACUUGUCUUUUGUGGAUGUAUGGUUGUCUUCUAAUGUCACCCCAAAGAUGUUGGAAAAUUUAUUAUCCAAGACCAAAACCAUUUCCUAUGUUGGGUGUUUAGUACAGUGUUAUUUUUUUAUUGCUCUUGUCCACGUAGAGGUCUAUAUCCUGGCUGUAAUGGCCUUUGAUCAAUUUAUGGCUAUCUGUAACCCUCUGCUUUAUGGGAGCAAAAUGUCAAGGACAGUUUGUGUUCGGUUAAUCUCAGUGCCCUAUGUUUAUGGCUUCUCUGUAAGCCUCAUUUGCACCUUGUGGACCUAUGGGUUGUAUUUCUGUGGAAACUUUGAAAUCAACCACUUCUAUUGUGACGAUCCCCCACUCAUCAAAAUAGCCUGUGGUGGCAUCCACAUCAAGGAAUAUACCAUGAUUGUCAUUGCAGGAAUCAAUUUCACAUACUCUCUGUCUGUGGUGCUGAUCUCUUACACAUUCAUUGUCGUGGCCAUCCUCUGCAUGCGCUCUGCAGAGGGGAGAAAGAAGGCUUUCUCCACCUGUGGCUCUCAUCUCACAGCUGUUACUAUGUUCUACGGAACACUCAUUUUCAUGUAUCUCAGGCGCCCCACAGAGGAGUCAGUAGAACAGGGGAAAAUGGUGGCUGUGUUUUAUACCACAGUCAUUCCUAUGUUGAAUCCCAUGAUCUACAGCUUAAGGAACAAGGAUGUAAAAGAGGCAAUGAAGAAAGCUAUUAAUAGGGCUUGUUUUCUAAAAUAA